AUGGCUGAUUCCGCCUCGACUCUGACAGACGUAUUGGCCUUGCAAGAUGAGCUAGUUGAAGAGGCAGCUCUAGCACUACCGCACCAAUUCUCAGAGUGCUCGUACCCUCUUGGCCAAAUCAGACAGGCCAUAUAUCUUUGCCUGACUUGUUCAGAACCGCGGGGAAUCUGCUCUUCGUGUAGUAUUGCCUGUCACACCGAACACGAACAGGUAGAGCUAUUUCCAAAGCGGAAUUUUCGAUGCGACUGCCCGACAAGUGCGCUGGCUCACCCCUGCACCCUGCAUAAGCAGUUGGAAGAUGUGAAUUCUUCCAACAUUUAUGGUCAAAACUUCAAGGGCCUCUUUUGCCGUUGCGGCAGGUCGUAUGACCCGAAUACUGAACGCGAAACUAUGAUUCAGUGUCUAGCAUGCGAAGACUGGUUCCACGAAUCGUGCUGUAAUCUGAGAGAACGGCCUUCGUCUCGAGAACCGACCCCAGUUGGCGGUCCGGAACAGGCGGCUGGAGCGGCGGAUGAACUUGACGACAGUCGAUCUAAUGCCUCCUCUUCAUGUCUCCCCUCUCCCCUCAUUAAUGGCUCGGAAUACGAAUCAUUUGUUUGUGCAGGAUGCGUGGCCACCAUCCCUAUACUCCAACGUUAUGCCGGAACCCACGGUGUUAUCAUGGUCAUCCGUGAAGCAGAUAAUCAGGAAUGGAAACGAAUAGAAAACAGUCCUGCCGAAGGCACCAUCAUAGUAGACGACGGAAGAAAACCUGACUUUGCUUCAGCCGGAAUGAAGCGAACUCGCACACUAUCUAAUGUCGAUACCCCUGCCGCCAAAAGGCCUCGUGGUUCAUCGCCCUCGCUCGUUACGACUUCCGCCGAAUGUAUCGCCCCACCCCCAAAUCCGUUGGCUCAAGCUUUCUUCUACCCACAGGAAUCUGAUCGUUCAGUUCUGAGCUCGGGUGACAUCUUCCUUACGGAGGGAUUUCGUGACAGAUGGUGUCGGUGCGCAAAGUGUUUGUCGUCGCUAGAGCCAUUCCCCUUCUUGCUACGCGAGGAAGAGACCUACGAGCCCCCAGAAGAUCCCGAUUCAGGUUUGUCGCUGGAGGAGCUAGGCUUGCGUGCACUGGAACGAUUGCCGAGAGACCGCGCUAUAGAAGGGAUACACGCUUAUAAUGGAAUGAAGGACGAUCUGAAGCAAUUCCUACGACCUUUUGCUCAGGAUGGCAAGAUCGUGAAUGAAUCUGACAUACGAGCUUUCUUUGAUAAACUCAGAGAUUCCGGCAAAGGAGCGGCUCCAUAG